CGUCAACCACCAGCUCAUUUUCAUCCGUCCAUCGCUGCAGCGUGACAGGCGCCACACCAGGCGAGCCCUACUAGCUGAGCUAUGCAAUCAUCGCAUCGCGCCCCCUCCCCCACCCAGGUGUCCUCCGCCGAGUGCUCACUCACGGGUCGUCGAUGUCCAUCAUGUCUGUGUCCUCAUCCACCGCCAUCAUGGGCUCGUCUUGGUCGGCCAUGGAAGUGGACGAUGCCAUCGAGGGAUUGGCGGCGCUUGUCGGGGUGGUGGUGGCGGGUGGGGGGAAGCCUUGGCCGAUGUAGGCGGCGGCCACGAGCGGGAACAGGGUGGCAUCAUGUGUGCAGUAGGGACGUACAGAGAGCUGUAGGGAGAGCCCGUCGGCUGGGUGGCGUGACACCGGGAGACACACCAUUCUGAAGCAAAACAAACGUCCAUAACAUCCAGGACGUGGGACUUGUCUCUGUGCCUCUCUCCCUCCAUCUUACCCGGACAACACGUCGAGCAGGCCGUUGUCGCGCGUGCGCCACUGCUGCAGCUCGGCUUUGAUCCCUCCGGCACCCCCGAAGGCGGUGGAGAAGUGAAUCGGGUUGCCCUCGUCGUUGCCUGGCCGCCCCGUGAAGUGAAUGAGCUGGCGACACACCUUGACGAGCACCGCAUUGCUCGGGCAGGCAAGAGGGAAGAAGUACUCUUGGCUGUGCUUGCCGGUGGUCAGCUCUAUGGCCACGAUGCCGGCCUGGAAGACAUCCCUCUGCCUCUCGUCAUAGGCUGGGAAGAGGCCGCAACCUGAAUGCAUUGGUGCAGAUAACAGACUGGUGUCGGCCCGGGGGUUGCUUGGGGGCUAGAAGACGCUAUGAAAUAGCGCUUAC